AUGUACCUGAACGAGGUCAAGUUUGAACUGAAGCAUAAAAUGGCUGACCAAAGUGACGGGAUGUCGUUCAAGUACACAGUGGAGGACGUGCAACGUCUGACCUCCAUCACGGGGGCCAUGGAUUUCUGUGAAUUCCACGAGAUCGACUACGGGGACCUGGAAACUAUGGACGACAUCAAAAAUCUGCUUUUGUUCAAACUGAAGAAACAGACAGCUAGACUACCGGCCAGUACAAUGAUGAAGAAACUCAUUGAUGAAGACAUCAAGAAACGCCAGGAACUAUCACGAGUGUAUGGAAAACUCCGAGAAUUUAUGAAUAAAGUCGACGACAAGUUGAAAUUGCAAGUGGAGACAGCAAUUCCGAACUGCAUCGCUAAGAUAACACAAUAUAACCACGAACUGGUGAAAGACGAGUGCCCGAUCUUGGUAGCCGGCGAGACAUCAGCGGGAAAAAGCAGCCUUCUGAAUCUACUCUUAGGGGAGGAGGUUCUCCCCUACUCUCUACUGAGCACGACGUCCACUCUCUGUCAGUUGAAAAACGACGACAGGAAGCGAGCGGUUGUCCAUCUGAUGGAACCCGACCCUACCACUGGGAGGGAAACCAUUGAAUUCGACCUGAAGAAAACUGGAGACUCGUCUAUUCAGGACCAACUUCAAGAAUACGCCAACUCUAAAGAAAGGGGCGCCGACACGUAUAAAUUCAUAGAAAUAUUUUGGCCGAUUCCAUUGCUACAGGGUAAUGUUUUUAUCGUAGAUAGUCCCGGUGUUGGAGAGAACGAGUUUAUGAACAAGGUUGUGAUGGACUACCUUCCAAAAGCCUUUGCCUUCAUCUACGUCAUCAACAGUGGAAAUGCUGGCGGCGUGCAAGAAGGACGUCUCGAAAAACUUCUGAAAAUUCUCACCGACCCGAAGGACCGAGACCAACUGCAAAUGUUUGAUCCCGAGUCAGCCAUUUUUGUUUUCAACAAAUGGGACCAAGUGCCACCUGACGAAGAGGAAGAAGUUCGAAAGAAGACUCUGGAAAAAUUAAUGAGAUGUUGGCAGGGUCUGACGGAAAAGCAGGUGUUUUACCUGUCAGUAACUGAGGCUUUCAGAAACUUACGAGCGGGCGCAGGUUUUACUGAGGGAUACCAGAAACUUCUGGACGGGAUCCAGGAACUGGUUCCUAAAAGUCUUCAAACCAAACUCACGAAGCAUCAUAAGUGGAUCGAGUUCUUUGUCGGUAGACUGACUUACGUCAUUCGAACAAAAAUCAUGAACGCCAGAAGAACAAUGCAAGAGAAGCAGGAGAAAAAGGAAGAAAUCACAAAACGCCUUGACAAACUUCAGCGAACCUCUGACGACGUCCUCCUAAAAAUGACAAAUACUCUUGACGACAGAAUUGAAAAGAUCGUGGACGGCUUGCACCAGUUUCUUUCCAGUCCUUCCACAAUGGAGCGACUGAAUGAGUGGAACACGGCGGAACUUCCGGAUGUCAAGAUAAAUGCCUUUGUAUCUAGCAGAAAAUCACCAUUGUUCCACGACAGGGAAUCGGGAUUUCGGAAACAGACCAAGAACUGGCAAGAGAGCUGA